CUUGACGUGUAUCCAUGGUAACCACUGUGGCUACAGCAGGUCCGGUCGUCGCACGGCGCAUCCUGUUACCUUGAGUGAACGAUAACAGCGGAAGAAAUGACAGCAGCGACAUACGUAGAAAUAAAAGCGAAAGCGCUGAAAUGUUGUUAGCUCAUGUGUUGUUUUGUGGUUUGGGAGAGUCAUGACUUCCUCACAGAGAACUCGAUAUGGAGGCGAAGCGGCGCGCGACACUAAAUGGAGAAUGGCAGCUCCUCCAGUCCCGUUGUUAAAGCGUGCCGGCGGGGCACCUCAGCCCCGGCCCGUUUACCCCCACCCUAUGGGACUGCUCCAGAGAUCCCACUUCGCUCCUCCUCCUCCUCCUCCUCCUCAGCUCCCUCUCUUCCAUACCCGCCAUGCAGAAGAGAGUGCAGAGAGGCCACAUCUGGUCACCAUCAUCCGCUCUUGUGGUCAAAGUACACUACGCAAGGUGACGGUCCUGUUGAACCGCAGAGGUGUGGUGUCCUUCAAGCAACUGCUACUGGAUAUCUCUGAGGCGCUGGGGUUUCCCCGCUGGCACAGAGCCAGAGUCACGCGCUUGUACACGACCCACGCACGAGAGGUUAAAGGCGUGUGUGAUUUCUUUCGCGGCGAGGUGGCCUUCCUGGCCCUUGGGAAGGUUCGCCCGGAGCUGAGCGACGUGCAGGAGGCUCUGGAGGAGCUGUUUCCAGAACAGUCUCAUUACCGGGCCGACGCACUGCAGGCCUGGGAGAAAAGACUCCGUCCGGCGCCAGAUAAAGCAGCUAAGGCUGACAGUGGGUACAGUGAGGGGACAGAGAGCGACAAGACACACGCGGACCAAGAGACUCACCGGGCCACAAAUACAAAUGGCAAAAAUCACGCGGAUGGUCGCACGGGUACUCAGCCGCCUCACUAUGUACGCACACACCAGUCUGAACAUAACAACUCGGAUGUACCGAAGUGUCACAAAAAGAAUUCCUACAGAAAACCUGCUCACCUGCCCAACCACCUGCAGAGACUGCGUGUGAGGGGCGGGGCCAGAGAGCGCCAUGAUUCUAUCGUUGGUCCAUUAAAUAAUGAGCCAAGUCUUAGGGAAGCAGACGUAGCCUCUCCUAUACUGUGUGAAGACUGCUUAGCAAGAAGAUUUAAACGUCAGGUGCCGGAGUGGGUCAAUCCACUGCCAGGGAGGGCCCCACUUCCUCCUGUGUCUAGGAAGCAAAAAGGAAGUUCAUAUACAGAACCACAAGUACAACAAUAUAACGCCUGCGUCAGCCCGCCCCUUCCUCGGCCAAUCAGUAGACACAAGGAGAAGUGUGUGGCCCAAUUUAUUUCAAAUCCACUUCCAAACGUGGAUGAAGCACACAAGGACAUCAGUCAGAGGACGACCUUUGACCUUCCUUCAAAUGGAAGAGAUGUCACCCUGGCGGAAAUCGAGCAUUUCUAUGAGAUAGGACCCGUGGUUGGAGACGGCAACUUUGCGGUAGUGCGAAAGUGUCGCCGUCGCGACAGCGGACAAACCCUCGCCGUAAAGAUUGUCGAACGCUCCAAGCUGAUUGGUCGGGAGCACAUGAUGCAGAACGAGCUGAGCCUUCUGGGUAGCCUCUGUCACCCACGCAUAGUGCGGUUGUUUGCGCACCACCACACACACACUCACUCCUACCUGGUGAUGGAACUGGUGAGCGGGGGGGAUCUGUUUGAGGCCAUCAGUGAGAGAGGGAAGUUUCCAGAGGCGGAGUCGGGACUGAUGGUGUCAGAUGUGAGCGAAGCCCUGAACUACAUGCACUGCAAAAGCAUCGUCCACCGAGACCUCAAACCAGAAAACCUGCUGAUAGAACACGUGUCCCCCGGCAUCAGUAGGCUGAAGCUGGGUGACUUUGGUCUUGCCAUGGUUGUGACUGAACCAGUUUUCACCAUAUGUGGCACACCCACGUAUGUAGCCCCGGAGAUUCUACAUGAGACAGGUUACGGUGUUGCGGUGGAUGUUUGGGCUUUGGGUAUUAUUCUCUAUAUCCUGCUGUGUGGAUUCCCACCAUUUCGCAGUCAGGAUCGGGACCAGGAGGAGUUGUUCGAGCUAAUAAAACAGGGUCAACUCCACUUCUUGUCCCCUUACUGGGACGCCGUCUCAGAAGACGCCACUGGCCUUGUCAGAGCUCUGCUUCAGCCAGAUCCCGCAGUGAGGCUGACUGCAGAGCAAACCUUGACGCAUCCCUGGGUGAAGGCUGCGGCUUCAAUUUGCAGACAGAGGGUGCCUACAGAAAACACUCGGAGGGACACAGCAGGCACUGGAGCAGAACCAGACCAGCCCGAACUAGUCCAGAGACCUGCUCAGACCAAUUUGGCCAAAAGAGUCCCAGAAGGAACACCAGGAGGAACCAGCAGCGAGGGAGAGGUCACACAGAGAGACGAUGAGAGACGACCUGAGACAAACACCGGAAGAAGACGAGAUGAAGACUGUCCUCCAUGGCAAAAUUCAGUAGAGACAAGCGCAGUGGACACCAAAUCUCCACAGGUCAAAGUGAACACCGCUUCAGAGGCCGAACCGGGUCAACAGAAAUCAGAGUGCACCUCAACAGACAGUGGCUCACCCAGCAGGGAACCUAGAAGGCCAGAAAUGAAAGAACCCGGGGCCCAGGGACUCGCCUCCUGGGAUCACAGCCAGCCUGAGUGUCAAACGCGAUCAGCCCGGAGCCCCCAAAGCCCAAAGUGAGCUUCCAUCCCAGAUUAAGACGCAAUCAAAACAAAACGGACAACUCCAAUCGCCUCCAUUUUCAACACCUUCCGCCGAUACGGCGCAAAGAACCACAGCGGGCCGCUCAACGCAACACCACCCGUCCCCCAACCAAGCAGCUUCUUCAUCUCAUUCGCUUCAUCAGGAAAACCUCACAUCUACCCUGCACGAGCCUGUCACAGCCGGCGCCCGAAACCAUCCGACUCAACACCUGGAGCCGAGCUUUAGCACCACCUCCACCCUUCCACCCACACGGUCUCCACCCCACUGUCAAUCUCCGGUUUAACCGUGUGAUCAGAUCAGGGUUAUCGCUGUCAGUGUUCUAGCAAAUACUAGAAAAUAUAGAUUAAUAGGAUGAGAAGUGCUACGUUGAAACGAAUAGAGUUGAGUAAGUAGCUCUUAAUUUGGAUGUAAACAUAUUUGCUGUUACUGUCGUUGUUUAUAAUGUUGUGGGCUAUACAUAAAUAAUCUUAGUACAUUGCUUGAGUGUUUUUUUUUUUUAUUGUUAUAUUUUUAUCUAGUAUGCCAUGUUUGUAUUUUGAUAUCUGGUAGCUAUAUUGGAUUGCUUGCACGUUGGCACCAAACCAUCCUCCUUGUUUGUACCACUUCCCCUUUAAGUCAUUUCCUAGAAGGCUGUGCUAGAAGAUUGUUUACUACAACUUCAUAAACUAAAAAUAUCUACCAAGAACUUUCCCUUUCAAUCCUGGUUUAGGUAGACAUCUCUAGAAUGCCAUCUUUCUAAAAAUAUGCUGGCUGUAUUUUGUAUUUGUUUGUUUUUGUUUGGAAACAAACUUAUGGAAUUAGAUUGGGUUUAACAAUCCUGGCGCUGCAAGCGUGUGAUCAUUAUAAUUAAGUCAAUUUGCAAUCUGUGGCAACAUUUGGACAAAUUAAAGUGUAGUCGGAUCCAGUGGAUAUUAGUGAGAGUCGUCCAGCAUUCAGAGUACAGUGUUUGCCCACAUACAGUGUUUGCAUAGCUCAGAGUGGUAUGGCUCUCGUGCCAUUCCGCACGGUCCAAAUAAGGCCCAUCUAUGUGUCCAAUGGGAGUGGUUAGUCGGGUCCCUCCCGAUUGCAGACAGCUGACUCAAACAUUCUGCCCCACCUAAUCCAGG